GAAAUUUCAGAUUGCGCGUCACAGAAACCACUUCCGGUUUGUUAUAUCCUGAGGUAAACAGCUGAGAAUUAUCAGUUCCAGGAGGUGAAGAUGACGAGACACGGGAAGAACUGUACCGCCGGGGCUGUGUACACUUACCACGAGAAGAAGAAGGACACGGCUGCUUCUGGUUACGGCACUCAGAGUGUGAGAUUGGGGAAAGAUGCCAUCAAAGACUUCGACUGCUGCUGCCUCUCAUUACAGCCGUGUAGAGACCCAGUAGUGACUGCAGAUGGAUACCUGUAUGAAAGAGAAGCCAUCCUGGAGUACAUCCUUCAUCAGAAAACCGAGAUUGCAAAGAAAAUGAAGGCAUAUGAGAAACAGAAGAAGGUUCUGAGGAGCGAGGGUCAGCUGGAGUCCGGCUCAGAGCAGAGGGAGAAGAUUGAGAAGUUCAGGAAUAAAGAAAGCAGCAUUGUCUCCAAACCCAUCAACCCCUUCAUCAGUGGUCAGGGUAAAGACAGAACGUCCUCUCCAAGCGGCUCUGUGAUCUCUCUCACCUCAUCCAGCUCAGCUUCAGGGUCUACAGAGAUCUCCUCCUCCUCCGCUUCCUCCUCCAGUCUGCCCAGCUUCUGGAUCCCCAGUCUGACCCCUGAAGCCAAACCCACACUGCUAAAGAAACCUUCUAAGACAGUGCUGUGUCCGAUGUCAGGAUGUCCUCUGAAAAUGAGUGAGCUGAUUUCAGUGCGUUUCACUCCACUGGACAGCAGUCUGGACAGAGUGGCUCUGCUCACACGCCAGGACAGAUAUGUGUGUGCAGUGACCAAAGACACGCUGGGGAACUCGGUACCGUGUGCAGUGCUCAGACCCUCAGGAUCAGUGGUCACUCUGGAGUGUGUAGAGAAGCUCAUACGUAAAGAUAUGAUAGACCCGAUGUCUGGAGACAAACUGAAAGAGAGAGACAUAAUCGUCCUGCAGAGGGGUGGGACGGGAUUCGCCGCUUCCGGAGUAGGCCUGUGCGCUAAAGAAGCUCGACCCGUCAUGCAGGCGUGAGAUCCACAGCGGUGAGAGAGUGAGAGCUGUGUUUGUGUCAAAUGGUGUUUCAUCGUCUACUUCCUGUUUCAGUCUUUAGUUUACGAUAAGAGAAAAUGUUUAUUACUGAUAGAUACAAAACUGAUGAUUUGUUUCUUCUGAAUGCAACACACACACACACACACACACAUUUCUUUUUGUUUUUGUAAAAUAAAUGUUUAUUUCUGCACA